GAUCUUCUAUCGUCGAGAAGCGGUCGCACUCGUCUGCUAUCACCGGAGUCCAACAGUCUAAAUAAAAUAAGGACAGCGUGAGUUCGCUUACUUCAGAGCAAACUGCAAACUUCAGCAGAAAACUCAUGCACGUGAAUGCAUCGCCCCGGGAAUCUGCUGCUGCGCUGCUGUGCGCGCCAUUACGGUAAUGGUACUGAUGAGGUCGAGGAAGAGACGUGAGUGCGAUGCUGCUGCUGUGUUCUGCUGCCAUUUCAUCAGCGGAUCAUCGCGGAAAUAUCAACAGCCCCGCUGUAAUGAGCCAGCAGAUCGGAUCACCUGUCGGGCCAAACACCGCUCACCCCGUUUUCACCCUUUAAACCGGCUCACAAAGCGAUGCUGCACCGGAGGCCCUGCUAAUGCUCUGUAUGUUACCGCCUGGGGUUUUCUGUAAGCAACAACAGAACCAGUGCUAGAUUAGGGGUCAUUUUUUUUCUUCUUUUUUGGAAACAUAAUCAUCAAUAUGGGGUUUCUUUUUUUCAAGUACUGAGCUCUGAACUUGAGAACUUAUUUCAAUGCGAAAUGGAGACUAUAUGGCUUUACCAGUUUCGUCUGAUAGUCAUCGGAGACUCCACAGUCGGCAAGUCAUGCCUGAUCCGGAGGUUCACUGAGGGCCGCUUCGCACAGGUGUCAGACCCGACCGUCGGGGUGGACUUCUUCUCCCGUCUUGUGGAGAUCGAGCCGGGGAAAAGAAUCAAACUUCAGAUCUGGGACACGGCAGGACAGGAGAGGUUCAGGUCAAUCACCAGAGCCUACUACCGCAACUCAGUGGGUGGUCUCUUGCUCUUUGACAUCACAAACCGCCGCUCCUUUCAAAACGUCCACAACUGGCUGGAGGAGGCGCAGAGCCACGUCCAGCCGCACAGCAUCAUCUUCCUGCUGGUCGGCCACAAGUGUGACCUGGAAGCCCAGCGUCAGGUGACUCAGCAGGAGGCGGAGAAGCUGGCGGGGGCCUACGGGAUGCGCUAUGUGGAGACCUCUGCACGGGAGGCCAUCAAUGUGGAGAAGGCGUUUGUGGAUCUGACGAAGGACAUCUUUGAGCUGGUGCGCAACGGGGACAUCAAGAUCCAGGACGGCUGGGAGGGCGUCAAGAGCGGAUUUGUUCCCAACACCGUCCACUCCUCUGAGGAGGUCACCAAGAGCAGCCGGCAGUGCUACUGCUGAUUCGGCUGCAGCACGUUAGGGUGAGAGGUGGUAAUACUUCAGUGGACUCCAUAUGUACAAGAUCUUUUUUGCCAUGGCUGCUCUCAGGCCAGUUUUAGGGGACUUUAAUGUUUCCCCUGCUCAGUUACAUACUUAUUCAUAUAGACCUUAUUUUAACAUUCAAUUGCCUGUUUAAGGCUCAAACUUGGGGCACUUUGUUGAUGUUCCCAACAGGUGUAGAAGCACAAGAAGCAUCCUGCCACUUCAUCUUUCUGUGUGCAUGCGUGUAACUCUAGUCAUCCUGCUGUCUUUGCAGCUGCUACCGACACUUAAGCUUUACUCCACCUUUGGCCUUUCCUGAUGUGUACAGUUAUACUCCAGUGGCCAGUUCCGUUUCUCUAGCUGCACAUGUAUAAAAGACUAUCAGUGUAGUGUAUUUAUACUCUUGUGUGACUUUAAUUUGAUGAAUCAGCGAUGCCACGACUGAGCCACGCCUCUUCCUUUUUUCUGGAAAUGCCUCUGAAUAUACCGCAGCCCGUUGUGGACUAUAUUCGGCUGGAGAGAGGAGGCAGAAAGAGGCAGCAGCCUCGCCGACUGAUUGUACGCCUGCACUACAAAUCUGAGUGGCUUAACGCAUAAAGAAGGUGGAGGUCGGUGAACUCCAAGCGAACCAAAGUUUCAGAUGUCUCGUUUGUUCACCUGAACGCGGAGGAACGAGUUUGCACUGUGAAAAUGAUUAAUGGUACAUUUGUUCUUUGCUGGAAGAAAAACGUUACUGUAGCUGCUUAUUUUAGCCUUGACGACUUGAUCGAUAUGGCAAGUUCUCAGUUCACGUUUACUGCUCCGUGUUGGGUUACUGGUGAGAACAGGUGAGAAACUGUCCAAAAGCCUUUUGUAUAGAUCCCCAUAGUGUUCAAUUUGAAAUAAAUAUAAAGUCACAGUAAAAAGAAA